GCCUGCCAACUAUUCAUGACAAGUAGCCAGCAUCCUGUAUAUAAAUAUCGGUGCCUAAAUGCCUGGAGAGAACACAGAGCAAUGUAGCAGCAAGUCUUAACUAGCAGUGGAAUAAAUGGGUGUUCUUCUAUUCUUCGUACCACUUCUGGUUGCUGUGGCCGGCGGAGGUCAGUGCGCAGCUUCGACGACAGGAGCCAAAGGAACCACCGUGUUGUACUACGCCUCUACGUCAGAGCUGAAUGCAUACUGGCAGUCGGUGCUUCCUAACAGGCCCAUACCAUUAGACAUUCUCGCUCACUUUAGUGCACCUUCCGGAAACGAGAGGAAAGAUCACGAAAAGGAACACUACUGGUCCAUAUAUUCAGAUCAGCUUACUAACAGGGAUGCAACGAUCUUCCAUAACUGGGCACACAGGGUAGCUUCAGAGAAGCUGUUGUACCCAGAGAGCGCCUUCACUACAGGGUCCAACAUCAACCUCUACAUUGACCGGGCGGCCGCCUUGCACAACGCUUUCCUUCAUCGUGAUGUCGCCGAUUCAAUCCCGAUGUCCACGGAGAACUUCACUGACAUCGCCACCAUGUCAUCGCCGGUGUCCGUCUCCAUGGCCCGCGAUGUGUGGUCCACGCUAAGCUCAUGUGAGCACCGCCGCGAGGUGGUGGGUGAGCAGAAGGCCUGUGCUACAUCCGUGGAGUCCAUGCACAAGUUCGCGGUGUCGGCACUCGGGACAAGCGGCCUCCACGCCUUCUCCACAUCCCUCGAUGUGCCAGAGGAGGGCAUCGGCUCGCCGUCUCACAUUUACAAGGUGGCGGCGGUCCGUGCAGUAACCGCCCAUGGAGCUAAUAAGGAAGCGUCCAACACCGUGACGUGCCACAGCAUGAGCUUUCCAUUCGCUUUGUUCUAUUGCCAUGCUGUCAACCCAACAAGGACCUACGAGGUCACGUUGCAGAAGGAUGAGGACGGUCUUGUCCCUGCUAUGCCGAGAAUGCCGACGGUGGUCCGGGCAUUGGCGGUAUGCCACGUGAACACUUCGGGCUUUGACCCCACAUUGAACUACUGGGUGAAGCUUGGUCUCAAGCCAGGGGAAGCCUCAGUGUGUCACUUCCUUACCAGGGGCGAUGUUCUUUGGACACCUGCCUAGUAGCUUGAGUAGUGGUAUGCUCGAUAUGAGCCUUGUUGUAUGUAGAAAAUAAUGAAGACGAGGCCGAAAGCACCCUUCUUGUA